AUGGACGUUCUCAAAGGCGCGACCGUGUUGCGUCUCAUAUUAUUUGCUUUCUUCACACGGUAUGCACUAUCUCAGGAGUACUUUAGAAUGGGUGUAAAUACGAAUUCGGCGGAAGCAUCCCAAUUUCUUCGAGAAUAUGACAGAGAAGCUUCAGCAAUGUGCUACAGGGUAACCAUGUCCCAAUGGAAGUUCGUGACCAAUAUCACGGAUUAUAACCGGCGUCGAAUGACGGAGGAACUGGCUCUGAGUUCAAAGUUUGAGCGACUCUCAUGGAGAAAGGCCGCAGCGUAUGAUAGCUCCAGGCUGUCUGAUCCCCAGAGCAGGCGGCAGAUGAUGAAGAUUGUACAGGGAAGCAGGAGUGCUCUACCUGAUGAUAAAUUUUCUGAGUUACAACAGAUAAUAACAGAAAUGAAAGAAAUAUACAAUACAGCCAAGAUAUGCCCUUACAACCAGAAGCCUUACGACCAUCACAUACCACGGAUCUCUUACAGCCAUGAAUACCAAGACAAUUCUAUGAACAUGGGGUACCAGCUUUCCAACCAGGGCUACCAACAUUACCUGCCUAUUACCGAACCCACGGAAUCAACGAACUUCUGCAACAUGCAGUUGGACCCUGAGAUCUCCAGGAUCUUGGCACAUUCGAGGAUUGAAAGCGAACUGUUAUAUGUUUGGAGGAACUUUAGGGAUCAGACUGGACCUAAAUUGAGGAACCGGUUCAUGAGAUACGUGGCGCUGGUUAAUGAGGCAGCUGUUGCCACAGGAUACCAAGACGCUGGAGACCAAAUGCGCUCAUCAUACGAAGACACCUCAUUCAGGGCAAGCGUUGAAGAGAUCUACAACCAGAUAACUCCUUUAUACAAGCAGCUAUUCACAUACGUCAGGAGGAAACUGGUCCAGAGGUAUGGAGAGACCAGCGUAAGAGCUGAUGGACCAAUACCUGCUCAUCUACUCGGUAACAUGUGGGCACAGAACUGGAAGUCCAUCAUGGACCUUGUGAUGCCGUUCCCCCAGAGUCCUAACGUGGACGUUACUGCUGAAAUGCUUCGUCAAGGAUUCACACCCUUAAGAAUGUUUCAAAUGGCCGAGGAAUUUUACACAUCUAUGGGCCUAAAACCUGUACCUCCUGAGUUCUGGCGAGGGUCUAUGCUGGUCAGACCUUCACAGAGAAGCGUGCAGUGUACUGCUAGUGCCUGGGAUUUCUGUAACAGGAUUGAUUAUAGAAUUAAACAAUGCACAGAAGUCACGAUGCAAGAUCUUGUCUCCACCCACCACGAGAUGGCACACAUACAAUACUACCUCCAAUAUGCUGAUCAGUCACAACUCUUCAGGGACGGAGCCAAUCCUGCGUUCCACGAGGCAGUUGCGAAUGCUGCAACAUUGUCCGUCUACAAUCUGCCACAUCUUCAGAGAGUCGGCCUUUAUCAAAACAAGAGCCACGACCCCUACGAAGUCGGCAUGAACUUCCUGAUGACCAUGGCUUUGGAGAAGAUAGCUUACUUACCAUUUGCCUUUAUGGUUGACCAGUGGCGUUGGUCUGUCUUCGAAGAUGGUGUCCAAAACAUGAAUACGAGAUGGUGGCAAUUGAAAUUAAGAUAUCAGGGUGUGAUACCACCGAUUCCAAGGUCCGAAGGUGACUUCGAUCCUGGCUCUAAAUACCACAUCAUUUCUGAUCAGGAGUACGUCAAAUACUUCCUGGCUACAAUUCUGGAGUUCCAGAUCUUCGAACAGCUGUGCACCACGUCAGGACAUAUUGGUCAUCUAUACGAGUGUGAUAUCUACAGGAGCAGGGAUGCUGGGAGGUUGUUCAGCGAGAUAAUGCAAGCAGGAUCCUCGAAGCCAGCAUCAGAAAUCAUCAAAUCUAUGACCAGGGGGAAGACGAACAGGAUAUCCCCUGAAGCCCUUGUCAGAUACUUCCGCCCCCUCGAACUCUGGCUUCGCGUUCAGAACCGAGAUGAGCCCCUCAUCGGUUGGAGUUCUAACUACAAUGACGUAGCACUCUUCGCUCCACGACGAGGAUCCAGUACAUCAUUGAAGGUGUCGCCAGUCGCUCUUUUAACGCUCUUACUAACUGUUACUAUUGCAUCUAUGUUAUAA